AGUUUUUCUGUCUUCUCCAUAGAUGCUUUUCUGUACUGUCCUCAAAAAGCCCUUCCAGUCCAUCCAGAUGUCUUUCAGCAUCAGGAUUAGAAGGACCAGUUGACAUUCCAAACUGGAAUCGAUUCUUGGUUCUCCUGUUGGUGGCUGGGAGCAGCUUUUCCUCCAAAAGUGUCAGGCUUGAUCAGAGUUGGGGUCCCAAGGGACAUCAGUCCCAUGAGCUGGCUUGCAGCGUGCUGGCAGGAGGAGGGGGCUGUGACCUGUGCCAUGUCCUCUCUGUCCCCUCAGCAAUCCGCACACCGUGCUGGUCUCCGCAGUUUCAUCCGCUACGGCUGGCGCUGGAGCUGGAGGGUCGCGGCUUUCACCAUGAUAUUCAACAUGGUGAGCACAGGCCUGUCAGCAUACCGCAAUAAAACCACCAUCAGUAAUUUUGCUGCAGCAGGAGCCUUCACAGGAGCCCUGUUCAGAAUGCACUUGGGCCUGCAGGGCCUGGCGGGCGGCAUCGUGUUUGGAACGGCAUUUGGGGUUCCUGCAGGAGGCCUCCUAAUAGCAAUGUAUGGCUUGGCUGGUGAGACCCUGCAGGAGAAGAGGAAUCGUGAGCGCAGGGAGCUGUACGAACAGAAGCUGGCAGAGUGGGAAUCCAGGCUCAGUAUGACUGAAAUCUUAGGCAAAACAGAAAACAAUGCCCAGGGAAGACCAGAGACGGAGAGAGCAAGAGAAUUGAAGAGUUACUGAGUUACUUUCCCAGAUCUCUGUUGUAAGAAGCUACACAGCAUUUUGAUCCUGCUUGUAAAAGCCUUCAGUCAGAGGAUCAUGGGAGUUGUGAAUGCAGUUGUAUCCUGUGAAAAAGUGUUUUGCUGAAAACAUUGUACAGAGAUGGAUAUCGCUGCACAAAGAGCUUGGAACUGCCAAACCUGUUCCACCUGAGAAGGUGGAAGCACAGACUUUACAGAACAGAAAAAGUCACCUAGCUUUGGCAGGAAGUGGAGGCUCCAGAGCCUCAUCUAGGACCCAUUUCACUGCUGGAAAUGUCCAAACCACUAGUGAUGUAGAAAUAUUCAAGAUAAAAGAGCCUAUAAAUGGUUUGUGUGCUAAAAGUCCCCUGAUUCCAAAAGUUAAUUAUGCCCUGGUGAAAGCUGUUCUUCAGACAGUGCUUAAAGAACUUGCUGAUGGUAGUUUCUUACUUGGCUCCUAGAUCUUUUGGGGUAUUUUGCAGUCAGUGUGGAGGAAGUGUGGAGGAGCUGGAAAUUAUAUGGGAAUACCCUGAAAAAGGCAUGUUUUGGAUUCCUCAACAGAAGCCUGAGGGAGCCACAGAAAACAUGACUUAUUUCUGGUGGUGAUGGUGGAAGACUUGGCACUGUGGACAGUUUUAACAAUAAAAAGGCCUCUAAUUUCAUUUGCAAGUUGGAAAUCAGGGGAUUUCCUUUGGGGGAAAUGUGGUUUAAGACAAUAAAGCCAUCCAGCAGUGGUGA